AAUUAAAAUAAAUAAAUUCUUCCGGUCAGAGACGCCCAUCUUCACUUUUCUACCCCCAACUAACCAAAACCCACCGCCCUGUUUCAACGAUCACAUUCUCUUCUUCUGAAGGGCUCAAUCUUUUAGCUCCAUCUCACGCUUUCUCUCUCUGAGUUCAGAGUUCUAGGGUUUCGGUUUUGGCUCUUGGAGGCUGACGCAAUGGCUUUCUCGACGACCAGCUUUGCCGGUGCCAAAUUGGAGGCUCCGUUCCUGAAAUCUGCGCUGUCUUCAAGGGCCUCGCCUUCCUCUAAGUUUCCCAUUCUUUGGAAGCCCAUUCGGAGCAGAAAAACCUUGAUUCAGAGAGGAGUCAGGUGCGAGGUAGCUGCCUCAGAUGCUUUUGUUCGGACCGAUAAGCUGUCAGCUCUUGAACAGCUCAAGACCUCUGCUGCUGACAGAUAUACAAAAGAAAGGAGUAGCAUUGUGGUAAUUGGACUUAGUGUUCACACUACCCCAGUAGAGAUUCGUGAGAAACUUGCCAUUCCAGAAGCAGAGUGGCCUCGAGCCAUUGGGGAGCUGUGUAGUUUAAAUCAUAUAGAAGAAGCUGCUGUUCUUAGCACCUGCAAUAGAAUGGAGAUAUACGUUUUAGCCCUUUCACAGCAUCGCGGUGUCAAAGAAGUGACUGAAUGGAUGUCAAAGACCAGUGGGAUCCCUGCUUCAGAGCUCCGUCAACAUCAGUUUCUGCUUUAUAACAAAGAUGCCACCCAGCAUAUUUUUGAAGUUUCAGCAGGUCUUGACUCUCUUGUCCUUGGGGAGGGUCAAAUUCUUGCUCAGGUUAAACAAGUUGUCAAAGUCGGGCAAGGAGUUCUUGGAUUUGGGAGGAACAUUAGUGGGUUGUUCAAGCAUGCAAUAACAGUGGGAAAGCGUGUUAGGACUGAGACUAACAUUGCUGCUGGGGCAGUUUCUGUUAGUUCUGCUGCUGUUGAACUCGCCUUAAUGAAGCUUCCCGAAUCCUCACAUGCUACAGCAAAAAUGUUGGUUAUUGGAGCAGGUAAGAUGGGGAAGCUUGUGAUCAAACACUUGGCAGCAAAAGGUUGCACAAAGAUGGUGGUUGUAAAUAGAAGUGAGGAGAGAGUUGCAGCCAUCCGUGAAGAGUUAAUGAAUGUUGAGAUAACAUACAAACCCCUCGAAGAAAUGCUAACUUGUGCUGCUGAAGCAGAUGUCGUGUUCACCAGCACUGCAUCCGAAGCCCCAUUACUUUUGAAAGAGCAUGUUGAGGAUCUUCCCCCUGUUGGCCCAGAAGAUGGGGGCUUAAGGCUGUUCGUUGAUAUCUCUGUUCCUCGAAAUGUCGGCUCAUGUGUUGCAGAUAUUGAAACUGUGCGAGUUUACAAUGUCGAUGACCUAAAGGAGGUUGUUGCUGCCAAUAAAGAGGAUCGCCUUCGGAAAGCAAUGGAAGCCCAAGCAAUUAUUGCCGAGGAAUCAAAACAAUUUGAAGCGUGGAGGGAUUCAUUGGAGACUGUUCCUACCAUUAAGAAAUUGAGGGCUUAUGCUGAAAGAAUAAGAAUGGCGGAGCUAGAAAAAUGUUUGUCAAAGAUGGGUGACGACAUUCCAAAGAAAACAAGGAAAGCAGUGGAGGAUCUUAGCCGUGGUAUAGUGAACAAGCUCCUUCAUGGUCCCAUGCAGCAUCUGAGAUGUGAUGGGAGUGACAACCGGACACUGAGCGAGACCCUCGAGAAUAUGCAUGCUCUUAAUAGAAUGUUCAGCCUCGAGACAGAGAUAUCUGUGUUAGAACAGAAGUUUCGAGCCAAAGUAGAAAGCCAGAAGUAAGCACCUUUCUCAGAUUUCAUUCAUCGCAAGCUUCUUUUUCUUCCUCAAAUUUGAAUAAAGAGGAAAUUUUCCUCUCCUUGUCCUUAUAAUGCCGGCACUGUCGUAAUGCCCAAUCGGAUAGAUAAAUCAGUGCUGGUUCCUGUUGGGGAAUUUCUUUCAAUUCAUUCAUCAGUGUCGGACAAUUCCGUCCAACUUUUAUUUGUGUUUCCUUCAUGUGUCUCUCAGCCUGAUUUUAGUGGCCAUUUGGCUUUUAGGAAACACAAAUUGAGGGAUUAUUAUAAAUUGAGCGUAAUACCUGUAACGAUCGACUUCUCCUUUUAGCUUAUGAUCAGUGUAUGUGAUUAUAUCUUGUCA